GCCCUUUCUCCUUGUCAACCCUCCGGCCGCUCCACCUCUCCCUCCCGCAGCAUCACCAGCCAGCCGUGGACCCUGGCCUGUCGCCCACACACCAAGGACAAAAGCCAUCUCUGCCGGCGUUUCCCACGCCGUCGCGCGCCGGCACCAGCAGCCUCGUCUAAGUCAGGCCGGCCUGGGAUCGGUCAAGGCCCGCCGGGAGACUGCGCACCCCAGUCCCGUGCAGUCUCUGCACCUCCACGUCCACGCCCACGACCGGGUCUGCUCCACGUCUCGACCUUUUGCCUUUCGGACACGAUCGCGUCCCUGCCGGCACAACAACACCCCAAAACAACAUCUGCCACUCCAAUUCCAUCCUGAUCUGAGCUCCCCCUCGGGCCCGGAAGGCUGAAUCUCAGCCUUGCAGAUGAUUUUCGGCCGGCCUGCCGCUCUGCAGUCCUGCCCCCAUCCACCAUGGUCCUCUUCAAGCGCAAGCCCGUGCAGUUCCUGCAGCCGCCGCCCGUGGAAAACGACCAUGAGGUGUGGCACAUACCCCAGACUGGCGAGGUUUUCGUCACGUACGAAGACUAUUUGAAUAGGUUGGACUUUUACAAGCAGAAACGCUUCAUAUGCCAAAUUACUGGCCACUCGGGCCUCAACUUCUUCGAGGCCCUAGAGUCAGAACUCGCUGGCGCACUGGAAGUCGAGCAAGCCUUCCCCGAACCCCUAAAGGGACCCAUUCUGCGGCGCGUGCAGUUCCAGACGAUUUCGAGGAUCGACAACCUGGUUGACAAGCUCUACGAGGAGUUCAAGGGCGAUUUCUACCCCGGCGAGCAUGUCACCGUCUCCAUCCAUACUGGCGAGCGCUUUACAGGCGUUGUGAGGGAUAAGGCCAGAUUCGGCAGUAAAAUGCUCCCGGAUGGCACACUCACUGUGCCCUUUUCGAGAUACUUCGUCAGCCUGGAUGAUUCUGAGGACCAUGAAGCGGUUGUCGACGACAACAAUAUCUGGCGCGAUCGCAAGGUCUUUACCAAAUCCGUCCUGCGCUCAUUUGUAAAGAAGACGGUGACGAGAGAUGCGUGGACCGGGGCUCCUUGGCUUGUGAAAGACACGAUUGCAGCUCAGUUCAAGAUCGACACGCGCAUCCCGACACAUCUGCGGUACGAGACCAAGGUCCAAGAGCGCAAACAGGCCCAGUCGCAAAAGAGGUUGUCCAACCAGAUGUCCCACCCCCCGGAAGCGACCGGCAUGGCCCAUUCAUUCCAAACUCAGGGCCCAGUCCGAUUACCAGAGCUCAAACCCGCAGCCAGGCCUCCCAAGGCCGGCAAGAACCAAAACCACCAUGGCCAACACGGGCAAGUUGUUAAGAAGCAAGAACAGGGCCAGUUCGUCCACCUACCACUUCCGGGCAAUCCCUUCCAAUUUCCACUGUCCUUCCGGCACAACCAGCUUCCUCCCCCUCCCCCCGUGUACGCGCAGCCGGAGCCUCCACCGCCACCGCCACCACCAAAGUAUCCUAUCGAGGAUCUCAAGGUAGAGCCAACGCAUCUGGUCCGGCCUCCUAUCCGAUACUUGUGCAGCGACCCGCCUGUUGAGGUCGAGGAGCCGUCGCCUUCCUGCGAUAACAUACUCAUGAAGUCCGUCGGCCCCCUUCUGGAAACCUGGGAUACCCUCAAUGUGUACUGCGAAAUAUUCCAGCUCGAUUCCUUCACUUUUGAUGAUUUUCUGGAGGCAAUGCAGGUCGCGUCGGAGGAGACCCAGGUUCAGUUAUUUGAUGAGAUUCAUUGUGCCGUCCUCAAAGUCCUGGUGGACUCGGAGGCUGACGGAGGCAAGAUCAACUUCCGUCUGCCGGAGCUAGAGUCAGACGAUGAGAGUGACGAGGAAGACGAUGAGGAUGAGGAGGAUGAGGAGAGCCGAGAGCCCACACCACAGCCGGCCGCUCGCGCCACGCGGAGUAGCAUGGCGAAAUUGGAAGCCGAUAAGCUGGCGGCAGAAGCUGCCGCUGCGGAAAGAGAGGAGAGGCAGUUGGAGAAUGCCCCGAAGCACCGUGCUGAGGAGCUCCUGGCUGACUAUGACUGGAUCGAUCAUCUGAGAAAGAGGGAUUUCAAGAACGGUGGUUGGGAGGCGAUCAUGGUCGGCCUGCUAUACCAGCUGUCAAAGGAGGAGCGGAGAAAGGCUGCAUGUGAGGAUCUGCUCAUACAACUGGUCCCUAGGGAUGUCGAGGCCACACAAGACACGAUCAGACAACACUACGCAGCGAUGGACGUCAACUAUCGUGCCCAAGCUUUGCAGGUCAUCUGCUUGCUUACUGCCGAAACCAAAGCCAUCCGCGGCUACAUGGAGGACUGCAGUGAGCAAAUGACGGGUUUCAGGAAAGACAAGAUCGAGUGGCAACGCCAGAGGAAGCAGGCCAUCGAGGAGCUCAAGGCUCUGAAUGAGGAGCGAAAGAUACUUUUGCCAGAGAACCUUCCGCCAUCACCAGCACACGAGGCGGCUGAUGCUAAUGGAGACGUCAAGAUGGAUGACGUCGAUGAGCUGACGCCAGCUGAAAAUGAGGCAGCUGAGACGGAGGAGGAGCCGCCACGCAGUGUCGGUCGUGGCCUCCGGCGUGGCCAAGACCGAGCUGCAGAACGCCUGCGCCAAAAGGAGAGGGAAGAGGAGAAGAGAAAAGAGGCCGAAGCUGCCAAGGCAGUUCCCAAGCAGUCAAAACAGUUUGUGAAGGUCUUGAAGGAGAUCCAGAAGAAGGAAGACCUGAUCAAGAAGUGCGAAGAAGAAAUCGCAGUUAUUGACAACGACCUCCGAGAAGCCGACUGCGCAAGAACAAGGGUUCUGGGCAAGGAUCGGUUCUGGAAUCGGUACUACUGGUUCGAGCGCAACGGGAUGCCGUACGGCGGGUUGCCAAACAGUUCCACGGCAGACGCAGGCUAUGCCAAUGGCUGCAUCUGGAUCCAGGGCCCGGACGAUCUCGAGCGCGAGGGCUACAUUGAUCUGGCUCCCGAAUGGCAGAAAGAGUACCAGGCCAUUUUCAACAUGACGGUCCCGGAGCGCAAGGCAAAGGAGGAAGGCCCGACGAGCGUCUUCACGGCCCGGCAGUGGGGCUAUAUCGAUGACCCAAAAGAUGUCAAGAAACUGAUCGACUGGUUAGACCCGCGCGGAUUCAACGAGUUGAAACUGCGGAAGGAACUCGUCAAUUUUAGCGACAGGAUCCUCAAACACAUGGAAAAUCGCCAGGCAUACCUGGCAGCCAACGACGCGGAAGCAAAGGCUGCUGAAGAGGAGAAGGAGAAGGAGAAGGAGGCGAAGACGAACGGGGCGACAGGCAAACGGAUGACUACCAGGACCAGGAACGCCGUCACACCAGAGCCGGCCCCUCAAUAUCGCUGCUUACAGUGGGAGAACACCACGGCCAUCGAGGAGCUGGGCCACCUUCAUAGUGACCAGCCGCCUCCUGCGCCGCCAAAGGGGAAGAAGGGCGGGUCCAGAAAGAAGGAUUCUGCCAAGGAGACGGCUGAAGAGCCAGUCCCUGCUGUAAAAACGCGCUCGAGGAGGAAAUAGAUACACCCCGCCCGCCACCAGUGCACUGGGCAUGGCUUGCUACAAAAAGGGGGGGGGGUUCUCGCAUAGCGCAGGCCUGCGCAACGCAAGGCGAUGAGCACAGAGACAGCAAUGCUAAAUUGCUGAUCAGCACCUGCGUGGAGAGCUGUAUUCUCAAGAUGACAAGGGGACUGAGGUCGCGCAGGAAUAUGCACGACCAAGAUGCGCUGCCCACGAACCGUGCAUCCGAAACGAAACGCAGAAGCAGCAGUGGAUUUGUGGAAGGGUCGACAUUGAGCGGUCGGCCUUUUUCUGGACACACUCGGUUUGAUCCCGCAGCCCGUUCCAAGAGUUGUCUUGAUCGGUUCGCAACACCAUCUACCGUUUUUGCAUAUGCCCACCUUCUCGGGUUGCAUGUAUUUUGCAACGGCAUCGCGAAAUGGCGUUGCUCAUAGACUUUACAGCAGACGAGACCAACUAGUAUGAGUAGAGUUUCAAACGUCACUAGAUGGUUCACUGUGGUGCAUUGCGACUUGGGCUUUACUGAGGAAUGAAAUUAGAUUACAGAUUACAAGGCUCCGUCCGGGUUGAUUGUAUUCUUGCAUCCAGCAGUGAGUGUUUUGGUGCAGACAGCGAAGUGACUCGGGUGAUUCAAAUAUCUACUGUCACCCUGUAGUGUGGACGGGCGGACCUGCGAAUAACAAUCAGCGGUGACUUAAAUAAGAGGCCGAAGAGGAGAAGCCCACUGGGCAGAUUCUCUGCAGGUUAGAUUGUCAGGAUGUUGACAGCUUUGACAAUAUUGUGAGAACGCUCAAAUACCGCGCCGUGCGCUCAUACUCUCCUCCCAUGUGAGACGGUCCUCACGACUGAGGGCGAAAGAGGCUCAAACUGUCGGUGAAGAACUGUUAAUUCCAAGCUAUAGUUGCCUAAGGAAUAGUAGAGAGGAAGCAACGAAGCUGCAAUCCCACGUCGCGAG